UAAUUUCAUCUGACCAAAAGCCUUUCUUGAUAUCAAUGGCACCAAGCUCUCAGCCUUCCUCUCGCCCGUUGGCGAAUUUUUCUCCGUCAAUAUGGAAUCAACAUGACUUUACUUCGUUUUCCUUGGAUGACUCGGUCAUUGAUUCAUGUGCUAAGGAAAUAGAAGCACUGAAAGUAGAGUUUAAGGAUAUGUUGACCUCUUCGAGCGAUCAUUCAGUGCAGAAGAUUGUUUUGAUCGACUCAUUAUGUCGUCUGGGAUUAUCAUAUCACUUUGAUCAUGAAAUUCAACUGCAGCUGAAGCAAAUCUUUGAAGCUGAAAUCAUCUCUUUCGACGAAAAUCGCAAUGACUUGCAUGCUACGACACUCAUGUUUCGAGUUUUCAGACAACAUGGUUACAAAAUGUCUUCUGAUGUGUUUAAGAGAUUCAGGAACGAUGAAGCUGGCUUCAACGAGAGCCUCACCGGCGAUGUGAAGGGACUACUUAGCUUGUACGAAGCUUCACAUGUAAGCAUACAUGGAGAAGACAUUCUAGAUGAAGCCCUUGAGUUCACAAUGACUCACCUGAAGUCCUUAGUGACUCAGUUAAGUCCUCAUCUUGCAAGACAUAUAAGUGAAACACUGCUUGUGCCUUUUCACAAGGGAUUGCCAAGAAUCGAAGCAAGAAAAUACAUCUCUCUUUAUGAAAGAGACGAUUCAAGGAAUGAUUCAAUACUCAAGUUCGCCAAAAUGGAUUUCAAUCGAGUACAGUUGUUGCACAAGUUGGAUUUAUGUCAUUUGUCGAGGUGGUACAAGGACACCGUUGACAUUGAAUCAAACUUUCGCUAUGCAAGAGACAGACUCCCGGAGAGUUUCUUGGUGGGUAUUGGAACCUUUUUCGAGCCUCAAUAUGCUCGUCCUCGGAUCAUUAUGGGUAAAUUAGUGAUAUUAAUAACAAUUCUGGAUGACACAUUUGAUGCAUAUGGUACACUUGAGGAGCUUGAAUGCUUUACGAAUGCAAUGGAGAGGUGGGACAUUGAUGCUAUGGAUGAGUUGCCGGACUAUAUGAGACCUCUAUACGAGAUUCUCUUAAGUUUCUUUGAUGAAUUGGAGAAAGAGUCAAAAGAAGAGGGAAGAGCCUAUGCUUUCUCUUAUGUGAAAGAUGGGUGGAAAGAAUAUGUAAGAGGAAAUCUUGUUGAGGCCCAAUGGUGCAAUGCUGGCUAUGUGCCUACAUUUGACGAAUACUUGAAGAAUGGCUUAAUCACAAGCGGUUGCCAUAUUAUUCCAUUGAUGUCUUUCUUUGUAAUCGGAGAAACCGCGACAAUCCAGGCAUUCGAAUGGCUCGAAAGUAGCCCGAAAUUCAUGACAGCUUUACAGACAAUAGGUUGUCUUGUCGACGACAUUAAAAGUCAAAAGUUUGGGCAAAAGAGACGCCACGUUGCUUCGGCGGUCCAAUGUUAUAUGAAGCAAUAUGGUAUCGCAGAAGAAGAAGAAGCAGUUGCAGGGCUGAAGAAAAUGAUUGCGAACGCAUGGAAGGAUAUAAAUGAGGAAUGGAUGAGACCAAGUGCAGUGUCAAUGGAACUUCUGAAGCCACUGGUUGGGCUUAUGCGCACGGUGCAAGAGAUAUACAAGCUGGAUGAUGGAUUCACAGAUCAACUAAGUUUGAAAGACAGCAUAACUUCAUUGGUGGAGACUGGAGUGCCUAUGUAAGUGAUAAAUGCAUGCAAGACUGAUACCUGCCAUGCACUAUGGUUCCUGCAUGUCAGGAGAUCAAGGAGAAUGGGUCAUGGAUAGUUAUGAUUGCGUCAUGAUGGGUAGUUAUGAAUUGUGGCUUGCAGUUGUUCCCACUAGCAGUUGUUAUCAUUAGUAGUUGUUUAUUUUCUAGCAUGCAUGUUCCUUGUACUUUGCAAUUGUACGCAGGUUUGCUUCACGUAUGCAUGAGUUAGUUUGUAAGGAUAAAUAUGGUCUACGCAUUAAUUAAUGAAUGAAUGAAUAUGGA